AUGAACAGUCGUGGAAAACGAAUUGUAAAACUAGCUUUAGAACAAAAACAGCAUUCUGGUGACGAAGAUUCACUAAGUGAACCGUACUCAGCAGAUUCUGACGUAGAUCCAGGUUUUGUUUUACCUGAUAGUUCAAACUCAGACAAUUAUUCUACUGAUAGUGAUUGCGAAAUUCCUGUAAAAAAGACGAAGAAUAUUUCUUCUUUAUCGGUAGGAAAUGAAAAUAUGCCAGGUCCUUCUAACAUCUUUCGUGGUAAACGCACCACAAAAGAAAUAGAAAGCAAAUAUCAAGAUAUAACAAGUGAAUCUGAAGAAGAUAUAGAACGAGAACAGGUGAAAGAUAGUUCUGCAGUUUUUAUGACUCAAAACACUCGGAACGCAAAUGCAGGUUCUACUCAUUUUGGAGACGAUAAUAUAGCACAUGAAGAAUGGAUUGAAACAGAAAAUGAUGCUGAUCAAACGCUACAUGAUUUGACACAAUCAGUCUGGGGUCCUCCUGUAGGAAAUCAUCUUCAAUUUGAAGAAAAUUUUGAAAGUGGAAUAAAACAGGAAUGGCAGGCCGCAUUGAUGGGACACCACCCAAUUGACUAUUAUUUUGCUUUUGUUGAUUUUGAUAUAAUUGAUGCAAUUGUGGAUCAAACCAACAUUUAUGCAACGCAGUUUGUUAUGUGUAAUAACAAUAUUUCAAACAAAUCUCGUGUGCACAAUUGGGAACCAACCACUCGGGCAGAAAUCAUACAUUUGAUAGGUCUGCUUUCUUAUAUGGGAAUGGUUCGUAUGAACAGCCUUCGCGAUUAUUGGUCUCAGAAAUGGCUUCUAAAAUCAGACGUUGCUCGCAACGUCAUGAGUCGUAACAGAUUUGAAAUAUUGCUAAAGAUGCUACACUUCUCCGAUAACGAACAGUGUCCUGAAGGAGAUCGUCUAUAUAAGAUUCAACCGCUUAUCGAUAUGCUCACCAAAAAUUAUCAAACUGUAUACACACCUGGUAAGACAUUUUGUAUCGACGAAACGAUGGUACCUUUUCAAGGAAGACUAGUGUUCAAACAAUACAAUCCACAGAAAACACAUAAGUACGGAAUAAAAGUUUUCAAACUUUGUUGCAACAACGGGUACACCUGGAACAUCAGUAUUUAUGCAGGAAAAGAGAAAACGACAGAUAAUCCACUGGCCGUUUCAACACAAAUUGUGCUCAAGUUGGCGAAAGAUCUCUUAGGUAGCGGUAGACUGUGUAUUACAGAUAACUGGUACACAAGUCUUCAACUUGCGCACAUACUGUUAGAUCAUAAAACACAUUGCUUAGGUACAUUGCGGGCGAACCGGAAAGGAAACCCGCCAGAAGUAAUAAAAAAGAAACUGAAAAAAGGUGAGGUAUUUUCCCAAGAAAACGAAAGAGGAAUAUGUCUAGUCAAAUGGCGAGACAAACGGGAUGUCUUGGUUUUGUCCACAUGUCAUACAGACCAAAUGGUAGAAAUUCAACGCCGAGGAAAAUCUAUUCAAAAGCCCACAGCUAUCGUGCAUUAUAAUUCAGGCAAAAGUUCGAUUGAUCUUUCUGAUCAAAUGGCAAGCUACAGUUCAGCUUUACGGAAGUCCAUCCGCUGGUACAAAAAACUGGCAAUUGAAGUACUGUUGGGUACUUCAAUGGUAAAUGCUCACAUCAUUUACAAGGAUAUUGAACAAAGCAACAUUCCAAUAAACGAUUUUCGCUUAUUGGUAACUGAAGACUUGUUGAAAUUCGAAGAUAAACGCGAUGUUGCGCAAACUCGUCAGCCAAGACAUCAAAUUCUUAAAACACAUCAAUUUACCAGACUAGACUGUAAAGCUCGAGAAAAUCGUCGAUACUGCAAAGGAUGCUACCAAAAAAAGGUGGAUGGCAUUAUCGAAAAGAAUAAAGUGAAGAAAGUUACUACCUAUUGUCAACAAUGCGAUGGAAAUCCAAGAUAUUGCCUCGAGUGCUUUAACUUAUACCACAAUAAAUAA